CCCAGACGCAAGCUUGCUAGCUUGUUUCCCCGCAAUUGCCUCGCCCCGGCUGCUCUUCCCUUUCACCUCUCUUCCUCACGACCUCCAUCGUCAACUUGCCAGCAUGUCCUCACAAGACUUGAAAGUUAUACCCAAUCUCGCCCGCUCCAAACGAGCCGCUCGCGCCUGCACCCGCUGCCACUCUCGCAAAGUCCGAUGCGAUGGCUCCAUCACCGGCUUCCCCUGCACAAACUGCCGCCUGGACGGAAGAUCGUGUACUCUGCACUCGGGGAAGAGGGAUAAAGAGAAGCAGAUAAUGAGGGCAAUUGCGAAGGACCGCGAGAGAACGUAUUCGACCCCGUCAAAUAACGAUAUACACCGUAACUCGGGAAGAGUCACGUUUGUGAGGUCUCAGGGGACUCUGCGGGUGCCUAUCCAGGAGGUUUUGGAUGUCUUUACAAAGCACUACUUCUUAUACGUGCACCCGUGUCUACCAGUGGUUGAUGAGGCGCUAUUUUGGAGAAAGUAUCGGUGUCCGGAUGGAAGCGCGGGCAAGAUCUCGACUCUGCUUUUUCAGGCAAUGCUUUUUGCUACAAGCUCGUUUGUUCCUCUCGAAGCAGCCAAAGAAUGUGGAUACGAUUCUCUUCAAUCCGCGCGAGACGACCUCUACCGACGAGCCAAGCGCCUCUACGAGCUCGGCGUCGAAAAAGACCGAUUCGUCGUCGCUCAAGCCUCCCUCCUGCUUACAUACUACAGCACCGACGCCGAGCGUUCUAACAAUUCUCGAUGGCUGCGCACGGCAAUCCGUCACGCAAAGAAGGAACGGGCCCAUCUAUACCACCACCUUCAACCUUGCAAGAAAACUUUGGACCUCAAGCGUCUGUGGUGGUGCUGCAUGAUUCGAGACCGCAUAAUCUCACUGGGCAUGCGCCGACCUAUCCAAAUCACACCUGAUGAGUUCGACUUGAAUCAACCGGGUCUCUCGUUCGAAGACCUCCAAGAAGAAUGCCUGCAGUCAGAGGUGUACAACCCCGAGACCAAAGUUGCCCUGUGUCGUGUGCUCGCCAGUCUCUGCCACCUUGUUGUCGCUGUGACGGAAUCCAUUUUGCUGGUCUACCCAACGACGCACAGUCUGCCAUAUUCCCUAGCGGAGCGCCGCGCGCAGCUGGACCGGCUUGAGGAAACAAAGUUCGCCCUUCUGGAGUGGGAGUUUAGCUGGGUAGCCAAUCCGGAUGGAAAGGAGUAUUAUAUCCAUCCAUCGUUGACGUUGUAUACGAAUCUCUGCGCGAUAUAUUACCAAUCCGCCCGCAUCGCCCUCUGCAACCGCAUCUGCCUCCUCAUCGGGCAGAACACCUACCUGAGCGACGAAACCGACCUUCCACGGAUCGAGUCCUGCCGCGCCGAACUUGCCAUGGCAAUCCGCUCAACGGCCGACAACGUCAAACAGCUCAUCCUCAAUGGUGUCGCAGACAAACUCCCUAUAAGCGCCGUCGCAUACACCCUGUUUCCGCAAAUACUGCUAAGCAUUCAAUCCCAACUCUCCACCACAGAAGAAGACAAGCAGCUCCACGAGGUCAUGCUCGUCUUCUUCGUCGAGGUCUUCCGCUGUUUCCGCAGCCAGUACUAUAUGACCCUGAUCCUAGCUGUGUCGUGGCAAGCGAUGGAACUCUGUCAUUCCCAAAACAACUCUUCCGCCUUACCUUCAUCAAGUACAAGUCUCGUCCCUUCUGCCACCGGCGCAGCAUCAAAUACCCAGCUCACAGAGAACACCGGCUACCAAUACACCACCACCACACCAAACCACCUCCCCAGCCUUUUUCAGCUCCGCUUAACAGAAUACCUCCGACUACUUCGCUAUGUAGACGAAUUCUUCUCGCUCCGUGCCGCACCGGGCGAGGGCUUCAUUUAUCCGCCGCCCAGCGUUCGUACACCGCUCCCUCCCGACUCCGACUCCUUGUCAUUGUCUCCAUUCUCUUUUCCUUCUAUGUCGGUCUCGAAGCACCGCGCUCUCGCUCCUGCCCCGGCUCGUGUCUCUGCUCAUACUGCUUGCGCAGCAUCACCGCAUGGAACCGUCUCCUCGGAUUCGACGGAGGACUCGAAGCGUGAUGCCGCGGACGAGAGCUUGGUGUACAAGGGCUCAAUGGACGACUUCCUAUGGGUGUAUUUUGGGGAAGCCGAGUUGGAUUUUGUGGGGAAUGAAAGGAAGGGCGAAGUUGAGACUGAUACGCCGUCGGCUGAGGGAUCUGGGUCUGGAUCUGAGAUUGGUGGGGAGGGUGGAGCUGGGUAUUCGGACGGAUUCCGGAGUGAUAGUUGGGAUGGGAGCCAUGCCAAACAGGUGCCUGGACCAGGGACGCGGGUGGAGGAUACGUUCCAGAGUAUGCUCGAUUGUCUUCCGUUACUUGGUGAAUAGUCAGCUAUACACGUUCUACACUUCGACUUUUGAAGGCCAUGUAUUAUGUAUGUAUUCGUCAAUAUUGUUUGUUAUAUAAAGUCAUAAUAACUAUACACUCACACUAUGCUGAGGUCAAAAGAUCAAGACUCCUCAAGCAGCCCCAUAGAGCCCCAUAGGAACAUGCACAACUCGAUCUCUAAGCCAAUCCGCAACCCCCUUUCCAAACCCAUCCAGCCUCGACGAACUACUAACCCCCCUCCCAAGGAUCCCAUAAACGACAAAAUGCACCGCGCGAAUGUGUGGAAACUCCACACGCUCUAUAAAGUACUCAUCUUCCCUCCAGUCAUCGCCAAGAAGAGCCUUCAUGCGCGAGAUACUCAGGUAGCCGCGUAGCCACUGGUACGCCGCGUCUUUGUCCUUUACAUGGUAGACGAGUUCGAUGUCCGGGAUGAAGAAGCCGACGUUGAGGUUUCCGCCUUUGUCGCCGGAGCGGACGAGGGUUAUAUCGCCGAGGCGGAUGGGUUGCGUUUCUUCGAGUGGUUGUGGUUGGGAGGCGUGUUUGGAUGGGCAAGGGUCGUAGCUUUCUCGUUUCUCGAGCGCGGAGUAGCGGGGAGGAUGGCCUGUUUCGAGGACCGUACUUGAGCCGUUGGUGUUGAGGAGGGUUAUGGUUUCUUGUAAAGAGGAUUGAGGAAUUAUGGCUGGGUAGUAAGCGAG